AGUUGUCGGCGACGCUCGAUGUCGUCAUUUCCUCUCGCUUGCCUAGGGCUUGGCUUACAGCAGUUCGGUUUCUGGGCGGCCAUCUUGGAAACCGCUUGCAAUCUAGGAAGAGAGGCCCGGACAAAUAAAACGCAGCCCAGCUAGUAUAGGACAGCAGUUUGGAACGACAGAAAUUAUCGUGGUAGGGGAAUGGGGGGAAGUCGGGGGCUGGACAGAUAGCGGUGCCACCGGGCAAGUCGGGGGGCAAGUUUCGCUAGCCGGCUGGACCUGGAUCCUCCGCUGUGCCGGGGAGCCGGGUGCUCAGCGCGGAGUUCUUCUCAUGUGAGCCCGUCACCCUCCCCGCACACACAGUGUCCCCCGCGGCUUUGUUGCGCGCGUGUGUGUGCGUGGGGCCUGAGGAGACGAAGAGUUUUCACUUUUUUUUCUGAAGAGAGUGGAGUCGGACGUAGCAUCUUGUACUAGGGCGCGCUUUGCACGCUUUUUUUGUGUCUGUAGUGAAGUGGGCACUCCCGGGCCGCGCGAGCCCCUUUUAUACCCCGUAAUAUCCGCUCGGCUGGCAGGAACCUGGAAGAGCGGCGAAGCUUCUGUUCGACCUUACCAGUCGGCUUUUCCGUGUCUUAAUAGAUGGCUUUCAUACCAUCGCUGAGUCCACUGUCCUUAUGGAAAGCAUCACCCGAAGCUCUUAAGUUUUAAACUUUUUUUCCCACUCCCUCAAAAGAAACUCCCGAACAGGAAUAAAAGGACAACACCCUGCUUUGACUUUGAAGUAUCUGUCCAGGGGAAAAAGGGAACAUGUCUACCAGACCUCCACUUCCCACUGUCAACGAGCGCGACACGGAGAAUCAUACAUCACAAAGUGAUGGUCGUUGUGAAGUGUCAUCUCGUCGUCCAGGAGCUCGCUGUAGAAACUCUCUCCAGUCCUCUGCAGAUGAGCAACCUCACAUUGGCAAUUACCGUCUUCUCAAAACAAUAGGCAAAGGAAACUUUGCUAAAGUGAAACUAGCAAGACAUAUCCUUACUGGAAGAGAGGUUGCAAUAAAAAUAAUUGACAAAACACAGCUAAAUCCUACUAGUCUACAAAAGCUCUUCAGAGAAGUACGAAUAAUGAAGAUUUUAAAUCAUCCCAAUAUAGUAAAGUUAUUUGAAGUUAUUGAAACGGAUAAAACACUUUAUUUAGUAAUGGAGUAUGCAAGUGGAGGAGAAGUUUUUGAUUACCUUGUUGCACAUGGAAGAAUGAAGGAAAAGGAGGCCAGGUCUAAAUUUAGACAGAUUGUAUCAGCAGUACAGUACUGCCACCAGAAGUACAUUGUGCAUAGAGAUCUAAAGGCUGAAAACUUGCUUCUUGAUGCUGAUAUGAAUAUUAAGAUAGCUGACUUUGGCUUCAGCAAUGAGUUUACAUUAGGCAAUAAACUGGAUACAUUUUGUGGUAGCCCUCCCUAUGCGGCCCCUGAGCUUUUCCAAGGAAAAAAAUAUGAUGGACCUGAAGUUGAUGUUUGGAGUUUAGGUGUGAUACUGUACACACUUGUCAGUGGCUCCUUACCUUUUGAUGGCCAGAACCUGAAGGAAUUAAGAGAAAGGGUACUGAGAGGAAAGUAUCGAAUUCCCUUUUACAUGUCAACAGACUGUGAAAACCUCCUAAAACGCUUUUUGGUGCUGAACCCAGCCAAACGAGGCACACUUGAGCAAAUAAUGAAGGAUCGCUGGAUAAAUGCAGGCUAUGAAGAGGAAGAGCUGAAACCUUUUGUAGAGCCAGAACUGGAUAUUUCUGACCAAAAACGAAUAGACAUAAUGAUAGGAAUGGGAUACUCUCGUGAAGAAAUUAAUGAAUCUCUUUCCAAAAUGAAAUAUGAUGAAAUAACAGCAACCUAUUUGCUUCUAGGAAGAAAAUCAUCUGAGUUGGAUGCAAGUGAUUCUAGCUCAAGUAGUAACCUUUCUUUAGCAAAAGUAAGGCCUAACAGUGACCUUAACAAUGGUACUGGGCAAUCUCCAUCUCACCACAAAGUGCCAAGAAGCCUCUCAUCUAGUCAAAAGCAGCGACGAUACAGUGAUCAAGCUGGACCCUCCAUACCACAAGUAUUAGCCUACCCAAAGCGAAGUCAGACCAGUAAUGUUGACAAUGAUCUCAAAGAAGAAGGCGUUCAGGUCAGGAAGUCUGGUAGCACUGCUGUCAGUGGAAGAGGAGUAGCUCCUCCUAGCCCCAUGCUUGGAAAUGCAGGCAAUCCAAACAAGGCUGAUAUUCCUGACAGGAAGAAGAGCUCUACUGUUCCUGCUAAUAAUACAGUUUCUGGUGGAAUGACUCGCAGAAACACAUAUGUUUGCAGUGACAGGAACAGUACGGACAGACAUUCAGUAAUUCCAAAUGGCAAAGAAAACAGCCUUACAGAAAUGUCCGCAUGCGUGACUAGCCCCUCUGCAUAUGCAUCAGCUUGCAUCACACCCUCUGCCUCCGUCUCGCUGAGACAUCAGAAAUCUAUAUCCUUGUCAGCAUCUGGCAACUCCAGCAGGAUGGCGUUGCCUCCAAUUGAGGGUGCAACAGAUAACUUCAGGUCUAAUAGUACGCCUGCCCAGAGAAAUCCUGUGGCCUCCACUCACAGUAUCACUAGUGCUACCACACCUGACAGACUACGCUUUCCACGUGACACUGCCAGUCGAAGAACUUUCCAUGGUGGCCAGCUUCGAGAGCGGAGAACAGCAACGUACAAUGGUCCACCUGCCUCUCCCACUCUUUCACAUGAUGCCACACCUUUGUCUCAAACUCGGAGUCGAGGUUCCACCAAUCUCUUCAGCAAGCUGACUUCUAAGCUCACUCGAAGAAACAUGUCAUUCAGGUUUACCAAAAGAGUUCCAACAGAAUCUGAGAGAAACGGGCGAUUUGAGGGCUCAAGUCGCAAUGUAUCUGGGGAUCAAAAAGAUGAAAGCAAAGAAGCCAAGCCCCGUUCACUCCGGUUUACUUGGAGUAUGAAGACCACCAGCUCAAUGGACCCUAAUGACAUGAUGAGAGAAAUUCGCAAAGUUCUGGAUGCCAACAAUUGUGACUAUGAACAGAGAGAACGCUUUUUGCUAUUCUGUGUACAUGGAGAUGGCCGAGCUGAAAAUUUGGUUCAGUGGGAAAUGGAAGUUUGCAAAUUGCCAAGACUCUCACUAAAUGGCGUCCGCUUUAAGCGGAUAUCUGGAACAUCAAUAGCUUUUAAAAACAUUGCUUCCAAAAUUGCCAAUGAACUAAAGCUGUAAAAAAGAUAUGAUGAUAAAAAUCUGUAAAGAUUUAAAAAACUGGCAAAGUAUUGAAAAAACCAUGUAAAAUAAUGCUUAGGCAAUAAUUUCCUGCAUAUUUGAAAUCAUAUUAUAAUUAUUGGUAUGAUGAACUCUGAGCUGCUGGGGGUUGGUAAAUGAUACUUCUAUUUUUAAGUGCACUACAGCAUUAAGUAGCCACCUGCCUUUGUUUGUUCCCCUUUUUCUAACGAUGCUUAUAGUUACUAGAGGCAUCCAAAAACGGUAAUCCUUUGGGUUCAUGCUGGUAGAAAUGCAGUUAUCAAUAUUGUAAUAAAAAUGCACAAUUAUUUAAAAAAUGAUAAAAUAGAAGGUAAAUCUCUCAUAUCAUUUGGAAUACCUGAAUGUCCCACAUAAAACUUUGCUGCUCCAGGUUGUACUUGAGUGGGUAAGCAGCCAAAUACAGAAACUACUGAUCAGACAAAGAGAUGGUGUAGAUUGUUAAAUAAUGAUGUGAAAUGUUGCUGAGACAGAAUUAUGUGUUGCAUAUUCCCUCCCCACUCUCUGAGACACUAAUGAUGCUGUUAGCAUUUUAAGGUAGUUGAAACUGCAACCGUAUUCAGCCCACUAUUCCAUUGAACAAAGUGUAAAUCUUCAGGAGCCACUCAUCUAAUGAGGUAUUUUUUUUUUGUUUUCUCCUCCUCAUAAGAUUUGGAAGGGAGUAGAUCACUGUAUCUUUUUUUAGUUAUUUAAUUUGUUGACUUGAGCUUUAAGUUUGAUUCAUUCAGUUUAAUGAUCUGUAUACAGUUGUAAUUAUUGUGAAUACAGAUUCAGGGGUCCUGUGUGCAGUCAGACUGGAUUUAUGACGGUUUUCCAAUAAGGGAACACAUUUAUUUGUCUAUACAGUUUUAAAGAAAUACUCCUAUUGUUGUUUUUCUCCCCCCCCCCCCCCAAAAUAUCUGCACUGUCUUUAAAUUGUAAAUACUGUAAGUUAGUUUUGCAACAGCUCCAUAUUAUUGUAAUACAUUUUUAAAGUACUAUAAUGAGCCAAGAUUUAUUGUGAUUUAUGAAACUUACCACCAGUUUAAGGUCACCAGUGUCUCCAUUAAACAUUCUAAAACCACA